AUGCCCUCAACCACGGCGCCCGCCGCCCUUUGCGCACUUCGCGUGAGCAAGCACGUGGUCCCCUCGCAUGGCCUUCUGCCAAACAGUUCCAUCCUGCACAAACCACUCCUCAUCUACCAUUCCGUGUUCGCCAAGCCAUCCGCCUCGGCAAUAGAAUCGCACCUGAGCUCGGUGGGCGUCGUCGUGCCCCAGUGGCGCUACUCCAUGUAUGCCACCAGCCACUUCCACAGCAAUACGCAUGAAGUCCUCUGUGUCUGCUCCGGGCGCGCAAGGCUGUGUUUCGGGGGGGAAGACAACCCGGGGAGGGUCGAGCCCGUCGUCCAGGCCGGAGACGUCAUCGUCUUGGCUGCUGGGAUGGCCCAUCGGCUGCUGGAUGACACUAGUACCGCCUCGAGGUUUGAGAUGGUCGGCUCUUACCCGAAAGGCUGCGACUGGGACAUGUGCUACGGGAGGGAGGGAGAAGAGAGACAAGUAGACGCCAUAAGAAACGUGCCAUGGUUCGACAGAGACCCCAUCUAUGGCGACCAAGGCCCGGUGCUUGAUGUUUAG